ACAACUGUAUUCUAAGACCAUAUAUAUCAAUAGGAAAUAUCUUAAAAGGAUGGGAUAGAGUGAUUUACUAAACUUAAAAAGCUUAGCAAAGUUACAAGUUUUAGCUAGCUAGUCAUCAAGCAAAAAAAUUGUAGAGAGAAGAAGGAUGGGAGUAGUUGAAGAAGCUCACAACGUUAAAGUUAUGGGCUCAGGCUCGAAGACCGUAGUGCUUGGUCAUGGCUUUGGGACUGAUCAAUCUGUUUGGAAACACCUUGUCCCUGCCCUAGUCGAUGAGUAUCGUGUUGUCGUUUAUGACAACAUGGGUUCUGGCCCGACUAACCCAGAUUACUUCGAUUUUGAACGUUACUCGUCUCUUGAAGGUUAUGCCUAUGAUUUAAUUGCCAUUUUGGAGGAACUUCAAAUCACUUCUUGCAUAUACUUGGGCCAUUCUAUAUCUUCCAUGACUGGUGUUAUUGCUUCCAUUUUUCGGCCGGACCUCUUCUCCAAAAUCGUUUUGCUUUCUGCUUCACCAAGGUUCAUAAAUGCAGAAGAUUACUUCGGAGGAUUCGAAAAGGAAGACAUCGACCAACUAUGUCAAGCGAUGGAGUCGAACUACAAGUCAUGGAUCGAUGGUUUCGCGCCACUAGUGAUUGGAGGGGACAUGGAUUCGGUGGCAGUACAAGAAUUCAGUAGAACCUUAUUCAAUGUGAGACCAGACAUCUCGCUAAGUGUCUUUCGUACAAUUUUCACGUUUGACCUAAGACAUUUUCUCUCCCGUGUUACGGUUCCUUGUCACAUUAUCCAGAGCUCCAAGGAUUUGGCCGUGCCAGUGGCAGUUUCCGAAUAUAUUCACCAAAAUCUCGGUGGGAAGUCAAUCGUCGAAGUCAUCUCAACUGAAGGUCAUCUCCCACACUUGAGCGCACCGGAGGUCACUAUUCCCGUGCUGCUUCGCCAUAUUUCUCAUGAUAUUACAACUGAUGAUGCUUGCUAAUAUAUAGUUGAGUGCUCAUUGUUGUUCAAGUCUUGAAGCUUCCCAAGUUCUAUGCUGCUGAGACUCUGCAAGGGUCUAUCUUUUGUCUUAAAUUCAACAUAUACAUUUUCAUGAGUUGGACUUCGCUUUUCGUGCUUUUCAUUUUUAAGAUUUGUUUUGAUCAUUGAAACGACAUUGUUGUGUGGUGCUUUAUAAAAUCCAUGUAUCUGCUGGCUAUUUAAUCUAUGUAGACUAUAAUACUCUAUUAAAUAUUUCUUUUGUUUGGUCAA